AUGGAGUAUUAUGAAAAGUUCAAAUCUGUAAAUCAUGAAGUGGUGAACCCGUUUCGUGACGUGUUACACAAUGAACCAAAUAAAGUUGUUGAAGUAAGAAUAUCUUCUCACACUAUCAUGAAUAAAGUUGUGGGGUAUGCCAUGCGAAAACUGAAGGAUCCAAAUUGUGAAAUUGCUCUUCUCAUAGGACAAGACAGUGGUGUUGAUAAAACAAAAAAACUCGCUGAAAUUUUGCGGUCAAAGUUUCCUGCUCUACACCAGUGUAAUGCAAUGAGUAAUAAAGUUCAUGAAGAUAUUUGGCUACCAAAAGUGGAAAAAGAAAAUGAACUAGAUGCUCUGAGUGUUAAAAGAUGCAUCCCAGUAAUAUACAUACUCCUGGCAAAAGGAGAACUGCCUGAAAAACUGAAAUCUCAUCCUAACAGGAAGCAAAUAAGCGGCGAACAAAAAUUAAAAUUUAAACAAACACCUAUAUGA